AUGGCGUCAACUACAGAAGUUUUAAAAUGGCAACGUUUCUUCAUUGCUGCUGGUAUCCCUGGUACAGUUGCAUUAAAGUACUCUAAAUCCUUUGCUGACCAGCGAAUGCAGUUUACAAUGUUAGAUGUUCUGGAUAAAUCGGUGCUGAUUGAGCUUGGUAUUGUAACAGUUGGAGAUCAGAUCGCUAUUCUGCAACACAUUCGAAAACUAAUGUCAUCUAAAAAAGAAAGGGUGGACUGCAACUCGUCAGCACUGGAAUCGAAUAACAUAUCCGCUGCAAGAGAACCGGAAGUGAUAUCAGCAGCACCAGACCGUGACGACAUUUAUCACAUCCAUCUGCCAGUUGGUACAACACCAAAAACUCGAGCUAUUCUUCGAAAACACAGCAUGCUAAAAUCUGCAGGUUUGUUGAAACGUGGUUCCAGUGGGAUACGACAGUCAGGGAAGGAUAUUCUUCCAUCAGCAAAACAGAAGAAUGGAGUUCGUCAGAGCAGUACAGCAAACAACAAAUACAGUGUUACUAGUGCGGCAGCAUCGUCAGAAGUGUCUUCUACAACGGAUGAAUUUUAUGAUCGUUUGGGUGUUAAAGGUCUUGUGUCCGACCAGCUGGAUACACGAAAAUAUUCUGGAAGUAUUCGAACAAAUGCUUCAUCAUCAACAAGCUUAUUUGAACGUGCCAUCAAUGAAAGUGCAGUGAACCAUAUUUCAGAACCAGUAUUUCGAGUUAGAAUCAGUGGAAUGGAGGCGUGGAAGUCUUGCGACAAAAUAAAUAAUCCAAUUCGGUCAAAGUUCACCGGAGCAAUAAGGAAACAGAGGUUACAAGGUGCUGCAUCCGUAAAGAAUACAGCGCUCUCCGUUGCUAACACGAGACGGAUUGUUGGUCGGGGCAGACCAUCUGUUUUUUAUCGUCUGAGUUGA